UCACCUCAAUUUGACCCUCCCCUGUUCAUCUGGAGUGUGCCAUCGAAACACCAUCCAUUUGGUUACGAGAAAGUGAAGGCCACUCCAAACAUGGAAGAUAUCUUCAAUUUGUUUUUCAAGAUUGACACUGAUUAUGAUGAGGUGAUCACCCCCGAUGACUUGGAGGAAUAUGUGGCCAGACACAAUUUGAAUCCAUGCAUGAUCCAGCGCUGGAAGACUUUAUUUGGUGCUGAGCAGACUGGAAUAAUAGAACUGGAAAAGUUUUGUGAAGUGCUUGGGCUACGUGCCCAAAGAGAUCAACUUGGCUCUACUCAUGAAUUUGCUGACCAACCUGAUUCGUACACCGGCGUUGUUCAGAUGGCUGGGGAUAUGCCUGAAAACAUUAAGGAGCAAAUUAGCGACGAGGCCCGGCGACUUUUGGGGAUGUUUCCAAAACUCCAACCGUGUGAAAUCACCAAACGAUUGAAAGCUUAUCUGGACGUAGAAUAUGGUCGCGCAUGGCACGUUGUGCUCACAAACGGUUCGUUCCACGUCAAUUUCUCCCAUGCUCCUGAGUGCUCCUUCCAGUUUCGAGUGGCCAAUCAAAACUUUCUUUUAUGGCAAACCCCCCUUCCCUGAGUCCCGAUGCAGACGUAACAACAACAACUGACCAACUUAGGGCUACCCCUUUGCGAACCUGAUUCGUUUUACUCUACUUGAGUCACCUUUAUGGGAAUGUUCUCGCUAUUUGUCUAGCUUCUCUGUGUGCCUUAUCACAGCGCAACUUUACGGUAGGUUUCAUGCUUUGGUAUGUGUCGCAGUGGUUGUAGAAUUGAAUUGUUUGACAAUUCGGUCCACUUCUUUUUCAUCCCUUCAAUCGACCUCUAACGUGGAUGUCCAAUUAGUAUUCACAUAAACCAGGAUUGUGAAACACGCUGCAUGCCGG